AUGGUUCUCAAACUCUACGGAAUCUACCUCUCUACCUGUGUUCAACGUGUGGUCACUACUCUCAAGGAAAAGAAUUUGGAUUUUGAGUUAGUUCCUGUCGAUCUUUCAAAGGGAGAACACAAGCAAGCAGCUUUCCUCGAGAAGCAACCCUUUGGUGUCAUUCCAGUUCUUGAAGACGACGGCUUCUUGAUCUAUGAAUCACGUGCCAUUUGCAGAUAUUUGGAAGCCAAGUUCAAGAGUCAAGGAACUCAAUUGAUCCCAACAGACUUGAAGGCAUUGGGACUCUUUGAACAAGGAGCUUCCAUUGAGACCUCUUACUUUGAUCCCAAUGUUAGUGGUCUUGCUUUUGAAUUGGUAUUUAAGGGAAUGUUUGGUGGAGGUGCUCCUGAUGAAGCUCGUGUCAAGUUGCUCACUCAAAAGCUCACUCAAGCCCUCGAUGUCUAUGAAAAGAUUUUGGCCAAGCAAGAAUACAUUGGAGGAAAUCAAUUCACUUUGGCCGAUCUGUAUCACUUACCUUAUGGUAAUUAUUUGUUCCAUGAGAAGGUUAAUUUGGGACAUUUGAUUAAUGAACGACCUCAUGUGAAAGCAUGGUGGGAAAAGAUUACCAAGAGAGACUCUUGGAUUCAAGCUUUAAAGUUGGCAAGUCAUUAA